AUGCAAAAAUGCAUUGAAAAACCCUAUGUGGUUGAAUCCUCAGACUCUGAAGAGGAUGAUGAGAAUGAUGAUGAUAUAGAAGCUGAUGAUGUUGCACAACGUGGUUCAACGCUUCCUUUUAUGGAAAAUGUUGAGCCAAUUAUUCAAGAUGAAAAUUCUCCAAAGCCAAUGUCUCCUGCUCCUCAAGCUAAGACUGUUCCUUCUAUGCCAAAUCCAAUCAUGAAUGCAGACAUUCAUCAAGAUAAUCAGGAAGAAUCCAACUCCAACUUCUAA